UUCGGUGGAUGGAAAAAUAACCCGAUUUCAGCUUCUAGGGCUUCAAGUUCGUUACACCGGUGGCGGGACGAAAAUCUGGGACAUUUCCCAUCGAAAUUCAACUGCCAAAUUCUAAAACCCUAAAUCCCUAAAAUGUCCUUCAUCGAUGAAUUUCAAGCCGAUUUGGAAGCAUUGCCCAAUAUUCUUCAGAAAAAGUAUGCGUUGAUGCGUGAUCUUGACAAAAGUUUACAAGAAAUUGUGAGGCAAAAUGAACAACGCUGUGAACAAGAAAUAGAGGAUAUAAGACGAGGCGUCAGGGCUGGAAACAUUACACCAGAUACUUCACUUCUUAGAUUUUCAGACGAGGCACUUGACGAACAAAAGCAUAGCAUUAGGAUUGCGGAUGAAAAGGUUGCCUUGGCAAUUCAGGCAUAUGAUUUAGUUGAUUCACAUAUACAGCAACUUGAUCAAUAUUUGAAAAAGUCUGAUGAAGAGCUACGGCGUGAAAGAGAGAAUGCUGCUGCUACUGCAUCCUCUGGUCCAAGUCCUGAUAGUACCACUAAAUCUGGAAGGCCUAGUGAAAGUGGAAGAGGAGGGCGUAAAAAAACACGUCUGGCAACAGCAGCAGCAGCCGCGGCAGCUGCUGCGGCAACUGAAGUGGCGGCAGCAGCAGCAAAUCCAACUGGUAUGGAACUAGAUUUGCCAGUGGAUCCUAAUGAGCCCACUUACUGUUUGUGCAACCAAGUUAGCUAUGGAGAGAUGGUUGCAUGUGAUAACCCUGAUUGCAAGAUAGAAUGGUUCCACUUUGGCUGUGUUGGUCUGAAAGAACAGCCAAAAGGGAAAUGGUAUUGUUCAGAUUGUGCAGCACUGAGAAAUCGUCGUAAAGGCAGGGGAUGAUAAAUGUUUUCUUGUCUGGAAAGUGUGCUACUGCAUUUGGACAGCCGUCAUGUGAAAGCUAACGUUUUACAGCCACAUAAUCAGGCUGUUAACAUUUUCAAUUUCAUGCUUCUUUGAUUGUAUCUCUCUCAUGUUCUAGUAAGCUUUGUCUUUUAACUAUUUUAGCUUUGCUAUAUAGCUAUUUGGAUGCUUGUACGAUUUUGUUCAAGAGCAUUUUGCUUGAGAUCCAUGCUGUAAAUAAAUUCUUCUAAUUGUUUAGAGUGUUGAUUUGCAUUGAA